AUGGCCCUGGGUAUGACCGACCUGUUCAGCCCUUCGGCCAAUCUGUCUGGCAUUUCUUCAGCAGAGAGCCUGAAGAUAUCUGAGGCCAUGCAUGAGGCGUACAUGGAAGUUAAUGAAGAGGGCACCGAGAUGGCAGGCUCAGCAGGGGUGAUGGGAGACAUCAAGCAUUCCUCUGAGUUUGAAGAGUUUAGGGCUGACCACCCUUUCCUUUUCUUGAUCAAACACAAUCCAACCAACAGCAUCCUCUUCUUUGGCAAAUAUUGUUCCCCCUAA